UGCUGAGCCUGUCCCAAUGAUGACUGACUCAUCGACCUCUGCUUUCCUCCUCGUGUGGCCGAUAAUCAGCCCCUUGGUCCUGCUGACACUGAGUGAGAGGUUGUUGUCGCACUGCUCGGCCAGAUUUUCAACCUCCCUCCUGCGUUCUGAUCUGUCACCGCCAUUGAUUCGGACUCGCUCUGUCUCUGGGAGUGUGUGAUAGGACGGUGCAUAACCUCUCCCCACCCCUCCCCCUGGACUGGGAUUUUAUACGCCUUCUACAUUGCUGACUCAUCAGCUGACUCUCGGAGAAUUUAAUGAAGAGGAUUGAAGAAGCUGCUGAGUAUUGAAGGGUAUUGAAUAAUUCAGCCGGUUCUGUGCUAUGAGAUGCUGCCUGGCCUGCUGAGUUCCCCCGGCAUUUCGUGCGUGUUGCAUUGGAUUACCAGCACCUGCAGAAUUUCUUGUGUUUACGUUCAGUUUUGUGCCUGACUGUGUGAGGGAGAGGCAGCUGCGACAGGACCCUCACUGGCCUCAGCUCGGACACCGCCAGACAGAUCCAAGCUCCCAGGACACGGCACAGCAAGGAGGAGAUCCAGGCUGCCACGUCCGCUGGGGGCAGAGAGAGAGAGCGAGGGAAAGGACGCGGGCACCCGGGAGACCCUGCCUGGUCCCAAGUGGCAACACCCCUUGGAACAGGAGGCCAACCAUCCAGUCUCUGACCUGCUUUCGGGGCCCUACCCCUCACCCUGACGACCUUGACCCUAGAAAGCCGGUCAAGGCCACAAUCGGGCCCCCAUCACCCGGCAGUGAUGCCGGGAGCCAAGCACCCCGGGGAGACCCUCGCCUCCUUCCUCCUCCUCGUCUCCCUCGCCCCCCGCCUGGCUCACUCCCAGAAUGAGACGGAGCCCCUGGCCCUGGAGGGGAAGUGCUUGGUGGUGUGCGACUCCGAUCCGCAGGCCGGCCCGGGGAAGGGGGUGGGGGGAGAGGGGGCAUCCCUGGGGAUGUCGGUGCGCACCACCGGUGUCAAGGCCGCCUUCUCCGCCCUGCGGGGAACCAACCAUGAGCCAGCGUCGCCCUCCAAUGGGUCUGCCUCGGUCCGAUUUGAUCAGGUCUUGGUGAACAUCGGCCGGCACUUCAACCGGGAGCUCAGCGUGUUCGUGGCUCCGCAGAGGGGCGUCUACAGCUUCACCUUCCACGUGGUCAAAGUGUACAACCGUCAGACCAUCCAGGUGAGCCUGAGUGUGAAUGGCCGGCCGAUCAUCUCCGCCUUUGCCGGCGACCAGGAGGUGACCCGUGAGGCGGCGACUAACGGCGGGCUGGUUCACAUGGAGAAGGGUGACCGGGCCUCGCUCCAGCUGGAGCAGGGGAGCCUCGUGGGUGGCUGGAAGUACUCCACCUUCUCUGGUUUCCUGGUCUUCCCGCUGUAACUUCCCAUCGUCUGACCUGCUGGGGGUUGAGAAUGGGGAGCUCCCUUUUCCCAGAUCCAUCAUCCCCACCGGACGUAGCCGACCUGCCCAAAUGUUAACUUAGGAGGGGUGGACGGGGUGUAUUUAAGGGUGGGGGGUGGGGAGGAUGAGCAUCCCUCAAAGCUCGGCUAACCCAUCCCAUUGCCAAGUGACAGGUGAGGGAGGGGGAGUUGAGGUGGUUCAAACCUUCAAGAUGUAGGUUCUUCCCAUUUUCCAAAAACGUCUCCCUCAGGAUGUGGGCAGCCGAGGACGGGAUUCCUGACCCCCUCCCCCCCGCCUCAUAUGGCCAACCUUCCCACAAUUCCAAAGGAAAGAUCGUUCUCAGGAUGAAGCCAACCUUCCCACAAUUCCAAGGGUUAUCUGUGGGGAUGGGAUGAGUUAGGAAGAGAUGGGUAUGUGGAGGGCGGUAGGGGAGGAGGCUUUGAGGGCUUUUUCCCAUCAUGCCAAAGGUGUGUCAGAGAUGGGGAUGAGAUCCUCAAGAUGUGGCCAACCUUCCCAUAAUUCCAUAUGCAUCCUAGGGGAGAGACGCCCUCAGCAAACGAUCAACCCUCCAAUAAUUCACCGGGUGACAUGGGGAAAUGAUUCUCUCCUCCGCAGGAUGACUAACCAUCUUAUCAAUGCCAAGGGUGUUACCCUCAGCAUGUGGCCAACCUUCCCAUAAUUCUCCAGGGACAGGUUGCCCUCAAGAUUUGGCCAACCUUCCCUUCAAGGAGUUGUCCUCAGGAUGUGGACAAAACCUUCUCAUAAUUCCAGGGGUAGAGUUCUCCUCAGGAUGACUGCGACCUUCUAUAAUUCCCAAUGGUCUCUCAGCGGGGCAGGUUUGCCCCAUCGUCCCUAAGGGUAACCUCAGGCCAGGGCCCCUUCACUGGUUCCUGACCAAAAUCUAACACUCCCUGUAGCCCUGGCCCCCUCGCUGCAUCUGCUGUACUGAACUCUCACUGCCCUCAUCCCCCGUACCUCCCAGCAACCAACUGUGCCCCGCCACUUCCCCACUUCCUGACGCCCAUGGGAGAGAUAUCUCAUGCUUUCCACCCAAGAGGCUGUGGCCCGAUAAGAGAACGGGAAUGUGAGCCGACUUCAUGGGCGUACCCUCCCUCCGGCUCUCCACCAAUGAAAAGCGGAAUGGAAAGUCUACUGUUCAUCCUCACCUCGGUCCCAUCCAGUGACCUCUGCUCCCAAACUUCCCUCAACCGCUCAGUGACCAACUGAUUGAAGCCUGGGGAGGGCCCAGAGAGUCGAGGACUGGCAGGGAAGAUCCUGGCCACCUGGAAAGAGCAACACAGUUUGGGACAUUGAACAUUCCCACCCCUUUAACAGGGUUACCUAACAUAGAUACUACCUUUUUAACAGGGUUGCCUAAAGAGGGGUUUCUCCCUUUAACAGGGGUCCCUGGUGGAAAGAGACUCCCCCUUUAGUAGAGGACCCUGAUGGAGAGAAACUCCCCUUUUAACAGGGGUUCCUGACAAAAAGAGUGACUUCCUCUUAGAAUUUACAGAGGGAACUCCUGGGCAGUUGGUUGUAGUUAGUCCAGUUAUCACUGGUAGACUUAAUAAUAUCCUCGGGACCGGAGGGAGCUUUGAAUGUCUUCCUUACUUCAGUGGGGUCCGGUAACGAUGGCACAAAACUGGUGCGGCUUCGGAAACAGUUUCGGACUCAGCGCUGGGGGCAUCGUCACUGCCAUGUAUCAUGCCUUCACCUCUGUAUCGACACCCUCCUCCUCGUUCAGAUUUAUUAAAUUACCCUGUUAAGGAUGUCUAAA